GUAUGCACACAUCUCAAUGUGUCGCGAAGUCAAAAUCUAGUAGCUUGGUUCUUGUAUUAGAUCAGAUCCAGAUCUUCAGAUCAAUCAUCCCCUCAUCAAACUUAGGGUUUUGAGUGAGUUUUCGAGCGAGAGAUAAAUGGGAGAAGCGAAACGCGUCUCUCUGCGAUUGGCUCUUUUGUUCUUGGUAGCUUUCGUUUCCUUCAGUCAGCUCCGUGCCUCUGAUGACGAUAAGAUCUUUUACGAGUCCUUCGAGGAUUCAUUUGAAGGGCGAUGGGUUGUUUCUGAUAAAGAUGACUACAAAGGUGUAUGGAAGCAUGCAAAGAGUGAGGGUCAUGAUGAAUAUGGUCUUCUUGUUAGUGAAAAGGCUAAGAAGUAUGCCAUAGUGAAAGAGCUCGACAACCCUGCUAUUCUAAAGGGUGGAACAAUUGUCCUUCAAUUUGAGACUCGUUUCCAGAAUGGGCUUGAAUGUGGUGGUGCAUACCUUAAAUACCUGCGGCCUCAGGGAGCUGGAUGGACAGCUAAAGAAUUUGACAAUGAAUCUCCUUAUUCAAUAAUGUUUGGACCUGAUAAAUGUGGGGCCACAAACAAGGUGCACUUUAUCCUAAAGCAUAAGAACCCAAAGAGUGGCGAAUAUGUUGAACACCAUCUCAAGUUCCCACCAUCUGUCCCUUCAGACAAGCUUACUCAUGUGUACACUGCUAUUUUGAAACCUGACAAUGAACUGCAAAUUUUACUUGAUGGGGAGGAGAAAAAGAAGGCUAAUUUCCUUUCUUCAGACGAUUUUGAGCCUCCUCUAGUUCCUGCCAAGACCAUUCCUGAUCCAGAUGAUAAGAAGCCUGAGGACUGGGAUGAGAGAGCAAAAAUUCCUGAUCCUAAUGCAGUGAAACCAGAUGAUUGGGAUGAGGAUGCACCUAUGGAAAUUGAAGAUGAUGAAGCUGUGAAACCUGAAGGAUGGUUAGAUGAUGAGCCUGAGGAAAUUGAUGAUCCUGAAGCCACAAAACCCGAAGAUUGGGAUGACGAGGAAGAUGGUGAGUGGGAGGCACCAAAGAUUGAUAAUCCUAAGUGUGAGGAAGCUCCUGGUUGUGGUGAAUGGAAGAGGCCAAUGAAGAGAAAUCCAGCUUACAAAGGAAAAUGGCACGCCCCACUCAUUGACAACCCCAAUUACAAGGGUAUAUGGAAACCACAGGAAAUUCCAAACCCCAACUACUUUGAGCUUGAAAAACCAGACUUUGAGCCCAUUGCUGCUGUUGGCAUUGAGAUAUGGACUAUGCAGGAUGGCAUCUUGUUUGGAAAUAUCUUGAUUGCAGACAAUGAGAAGGUUGCCGAGUCACUGAGGCAGACAAAGUGGAAGGCAAAGUUUGACGUUGAGAAAGAGAAACAGAAGGCUGAGGAUGCAGCUGCUGGUAUUGAUGGUCUUGCUGGCUUCCAGAAGAAGGUGUUUGACCUCCUAUACCAGAUUGCAGACAUCUCUUUCUUAAGUCAACACAAGGACAAAAUUAUUGAUAUUAUCGAGAAGGCAGAGAAACAACCAAACCUCACAAUUGGUAUCCUCAUAUCCAUCGUCGUCGUGAUAUUUACCGUUCUCCUUAAAAUUAUUUUUGGGGGAAGGAAGCCAGCAAAAGUAGAGGACAAGCCGACACCAGUUGCUGAGUCUUCAAACAAGGAAGGAAGCAGCAAAGAGGAAGCAGAAGAGGAUGAGAAGGAAGAUGAUGGUGGAGCGGCUGCUGCUCCUCGCAGAAGGAGACGUGAAAACUGAAAGGAUGACUGGAGAGACUGGUUAUAUCAAUUUUUCACAUUUGGUAGAUGUUCAGUUUUAGGUGUCUUACACUCUUAAUGGCUGUUCCUUUUUUAAAAAUAUUUUUGGCUUUUGCUUUGAAGAGUGAGGUGUAUGAGACGGAGCGUAAAAUGACAUUAUUUGCGAGGCUUGGGUAGUUUAUUUGCUGCCUCGGAAGUAAAAGUUAGUUUGACAAGUGUUUAUUCAGAAAAAAUGUAUGCAAUAUUCGUUUUAGCUCUA